AUGAAAGAUCUAGAAGUUGCCGAUAUUGAACCACUCCUACCUAUUACUGAUUAUGAAUGUGUCAAAAAAGUAAGGUUUUAGUCAUCAUUUUCGGUUUUUCUUUAUAUUUUUAUGGAAUUGUUGGGCGGGGUGAUUUUGGUAGGGGGGGGGGAAGUAAAAACAUUUUUUUGAAUAAAUAUAAUUUUCAUUUAUUGAAAAUUGUUCAACAUUGAAAACCUCCCCCCCCUUUUUUUUUACCUCGCCCAACGCUAAUGGUACCUUACAUUAUCUAACCUUGAAACCUUAACCUUUUCAGAUCCCAAUCCGUCUAAGCCAGCCAAAGAAGUCGAAAUACCGGUUCUCAAUAUUGAUAUGGCUUAGUUUUCACACUGCCGUCCAUUCUCUACUGCUAACUUAUUCAAGAAGUCGGCCGAACGUCGAGAUCUACCUACCUUCGGUGGCCGUCUUCUUCACUGAAAUCAUCAAAGCCAUCGUGUGUUUGAUGAUUGUGGCUGGCACGGAAGAGAGGUGAGGGUUUUGUUUUUGCUUGAAAAGGGGAUUUUAGGUAACAAAUUGAAAAAUGACGUGUUUUAUAACACAUCUAAAAAGUCUUUCAGUCUAUUAUCAUCCCUAUCUUCUCACGUACUAAAUGCUCCAAAACAAGUGCUACGAAUGGCAGUACCAGCAGUACUAUACAACAUACAAUCGAAUUUACUAUACCUAGCGGCAGGUUAUAUUGAUCCAGCUACCUUUAUGGUAAGAUUUUCGAAAUUUUAUAAACUCUGUGAUAUUAAUUGGCAUAUAUUGAUUAAAAGUAAUUAUAUUUUCGUAUUUUACAUCGAAAAAUUAGUAAAAAAGAGCAAAAAUUUGAAAUUUAGGUUAUAAUUUGAUUUGUAGCCUUUUUAAAGUUAAAAACAAAAUUCCAUGAACUUUUUGACCAGUCUAUAUAAUUUUUAUUUCAAUUUUUACAGAUUCUUCAACAACUCAAAAUAUUUUCAUCAGCUGUGUCGUCAGUGGUAUUACUCAACCGAAAGCUGUCCAUAGGCCAAUGGCUGUCGUUACUGUUACUCUUCAGUGGUGUAUGUGUAGUACAAAUCAGCAGGGCCAAGAAUUUGAGUAGCUCACAUGAUGAAAGUUUUAUUGGUAUGUUAUUUUAGUUUAUUUUUGGGAAAAUGAGAGAUUUUAUAAUGUAACAUUAUUAUUGAUUUUGACAUUUCGUCACAGUGGUUUUUAGAUUUUUACUGCCAUUCUUAUUGAAGUUUGGUACUUUUGCAGAUAUUUUUGUCGAUUUGUUUUGAUUUUUAAAAGCUUUUCAUUUAAAAUUAGGUUUUUGCGCUUUGGAUAACGUUAUGCUUUUUCCAAUAAUUUUUGUGACAUUUCGUCUAAUUUUUUUAAAUAAGCAAAAAAGUUGUUUUUAUGGUUUUAAAAGCCUUUUUUAUUUAAAACUUGCUGGUUUUGUGUCUUUGAUAACUUUGUGACUUUUCCAAUAAUUUUUGUGACAUUUUGUCUAAAUAUUUUAUUUUAAUGAUUUUAAGAUUUUAUACAAAAUUUUAAAGUUUUAAUUUAAAAAAAUGUUUUAGGUGUCCUGUGUGUCACAAUAGCAGCCAUGACCUCAGGCUUUGCCGGUGUCUACAUGGAACUACAAUUGAAAUCGGUUGAGCCAGUAUCAAUAUGGCUACGUAACAUACAAAUGAGUACAGUAUCAAUACCAGCAGCCUUUACCACAAUCCUAAUACAAGAUGGCAAGACGAUACUUAGUGGCAGUGUCAGUAUGACAAAAGGCUUUGAUUGGGCAGCAUGGAGUACUGUAUUUUCGUCAGUACUAAGUGGUAUCUCCGUAGCACUGUGUUUAAAAUACGCUGAUAACAUUGCGAAGGACUUUGCCGCUGCAUCAGCCAUUAUUCUGACUACGGUAGGAGCGGCGGUGGUGUUCCAGGUGUACCCGAACUGGAUCUUCUGCUUUGGUGCUGUCAUGGUGAUGUGUGCUACGUACUUGUUCUCAAAGCUGAAGAGUACUCACGUUGAGAAGCCGAAGCAUGUUGAUAUGGAUGAAAAACAAUAG